AUGUCCACAACUCGCUAUGAGUACCACGGUGACAGCGACUUUUCCCGCCUCGCCCAGUCUUUGACAUUUGGCACAGCUCUCAAGACUGCUCCAAAUCGCCUUUUGAAGAGUGCGAUGGCUGAAGCGCUGUCGACCUGGGACGCCAACGAUGUGGGAGCUCGCGGCAUUCCAACCGAAGAAUUGGUCGAGCUUUACCGACGAUGGGGUGAAGGAGGCUGGGGGAUAAUCCAGACUGGUAACAUUAUGAUUGACUGCAAGCACCUUAGCGCAGCUGGCGAUUCUGCCAUCCCAGCUGGAGCUCCACUGCAAGGAGAACGCUUCGAGAAGUUUCGGGCUGUCGCUGCGGCCGCGAAGACUCAUGGCGCCUUGGUCAUAGGCCAAGUGAAUCAUCCCGGGCGACAGAUUCCGUCAAAAAUUGUUGAAGAGUCCAUCUCUGCCUCGGCUGUUCAGCUUGCGCCACACGCCGGAAUGACAUUCCCACCGACCCGAGCAGCCACCCCAGACGAGAUCGCCGGCAUCAUCGAGGCGUUCGCCCACGCAGCCGAGUAUCUCGAGGCAGCUGGUUUUGACGGCGUCGAACUGCACGCCGCUCACGGCUACCUGCUCGCACAAUUCCUCAGCCCGACGACCAAUAAGCGCACCGACAGGUACGGCGGGGACAGUAUCGCGAACCGUGUGCGCAUCGUGACGGAGAUAUGCGCGGCCGUGCGCAGCCGUACCCGACCGGGGUUCAUUCUCGCCGUCAAGCUGAAUUCGGUCGAGUUUCAGGCCGAGGGACUGACGACGGAUGACGCGGCCGAGCUAGCUGCUGCGCUGCAGGCCGCCGGUGUCGACUACCUAGAGCUGAGCGGCGGCACGUUCGAGAACUUCGGGUUCGAUCGCAAGAAGGAUAGCACCAAAGCGCGCGAGGCGUUCUUCCUUGAUUUCGCUGAACUCGUUGUGCCUGCCCUCGGCCCGACUGAUACCCGCGCGACGAAAGUCUUCAUUACCGGUGGUUUCAGAUCCGCUGGCGCCAUGGUGGCGGCUCUGGAUACUGUCGAUGGUGUCGGCAUCGCGAGGCCUGCCGUGCAAGAACCCGGACUUGCCAAAGAGUUGAUUGCUUCGCAUGCCACGGGCGCCAUCAAGCCCCUGCCGCCCUGCGAUGAGAACUUCAGAAUCUCUGGUUUCGAGCCAUUUGACCUGAGUAAUCCUGUGGUGGUAAAGCAGUUCCUGGAGGAUGCUGAGGCUUGGUUUGCUAAAGUGGCCCAGAACGGGAACAAGGUGACGGUUGGGUAUCCUGAUUACUCUGGAGACCUGAGACCGCACAAAGCGAAUUAG